UGGACCUUGUCUGGAACUAAGGAUGAGGAAGAAGGGCUGGAAACAGCAUGCUGGCCAGUACGUGUUCCUGCAAUGUAGUGAGUUGUCUAUAUUUGAGUGGCAUCCCUUCACCCUAACUACAGCUCCCGAAGAGGACUAUCUCUCCGUGCAUAUCAGGAAAUCGGGUGACUGGACAGCUUCCCUACUGAAAGCUGUAGCCGGUCAUUCUAAAGACAAGACUACCAAAGAGGGAAAGAGAGCAGAGCUUAACUUUAAGAUAGCAGUUGAUGGACCUUAUGGGACACCAUCGGACGACAUAUUCAAGUACAAGACUACGGUUUCAAUUGGAGCUGGAGUCGGAGUAACACCGUAUGCAUCCAUAUUAAAAUCAGUGUGAGGAUAAAGCGGACUGCACGUCUGGACAGUUUUACGAUCAAGACACCAAGAACUGUACAAUAUGUGAGUUUACCUCCGGUACCCUUUACAGUGAAGACGGUGCUGAAGAAUGUAUACUAUGUCCUAAUAAUGGUGCUAAUUGCAUUUGUGAUACGACUAGCCCGGUGCACUACCUGCCAGAAGGACGAAAUAUCAGCAAACUAGAGAAGUUCUGUUUUACUGAAGAUGACCAGCUCAUCUGCUCCCGGGAUUGUUACAUUCAGUCACGACACGCUCUUAAGGGCUGUGAUAUCAACUGUGAUGAAGAACUAAACAUUUUAGACUGCAAUUGUGAUAAUAACAUAAGAACAAAGGAGUCAUG